AUGCUUCCAUCAAACACACGAACCACUGACUCCAACACCGUACUGGAUGAUAGGAGUGGUGCAAGUAACUCACUCCUGGAAUCAAUUAAAAAUAGUUUAAAUCCUGAACAAUACAAAGCCGUCAUUUCCGAUGAAACGCUACCAGUUUGUGUGUACUCGGGUCCUGGAUCAGGAAAAACAAAGACGAUCACCUAUCGAAUAGCCUAUUUAACGGUUAUUAAGAAAAUUCAUCCAAGUAAUAUCUAUGCAAUGACUUUUACUAACAAAGCCGCUAACGAAAUGAAAUCAAGAGUAUAUCAGCUCAUUUCUCAAUUUGAUUCUGGGAAAGUAAUUGAAGAGGGUGACUAUUGCCAUUUAGGAACCUUUCACGCCAUCUGUGCCAAAAUACUGAGACGCCAUGCCAAUAAGGUGAGAUCAAAUUUAACAACAAGUUUUACCAUUCUUGAUUCUCAAGAUCAACAAGCCAUUGUUAAUAGUAUUCUCAAAGAAUCCGAUAACUCGAUCAUUUCAGAAUUUGUAUCUGGACGAAAACACAAUCUUCAAAAAGUACUUAGUGCAGCUACCAUCAUUCAUGACAUUAGUGGAGCCAAGAAUAGACAACUCUCAGCUUCACAAUUUGCUCAAGAGGUCAAAGAAUUGUACAGAUCAAAGCAAGGAUCAAGAAACUAUUUAAACUCAUAUCGCAACAAUACCAACGACCCUAACAAGAUAAAAGAAGUCAUUGCUCAAGUUUAUAUUGAAUAUGAAAGGUAUUUACAAGAAAACAACAUGCUAGACUUUGAUGACUUGCUCGUGAAUGUAUGCACUCUCUUUCACAAGUGUCCGGAAAUAUUAAGACAAUAUUCUGAACAUUGCAAAGCGUUAUUAGUCGAUGAGUUUCAAGACACCAAUUCUCUUCAAUACAAGAUUGCUAAAGCAUUGUCAUCCAAGUACAAAAAUAUAUUUGUGGUUGGUGAUGUAGAUCAAAAUAUAUACACAUGGAGAUUUAGUGAUUGCUCACUGAUGAAAAAACUGUUAAAUGAAUUUCCAAACAUGAAAACAGUAUUGCUUAACCAAAAUUAUAGAUCUACAAAGAAUAUUCUAAAAGUGAGUGAUGAAAUUAUAGCACAAAAUACUGAUAGAAUAAGAGAAGAGAAUUUAUUCACAUUCAAUAACACUGGAAUACCUGUAUCUAUACAUUCUGUUGACUCGAGUGAAGCGGAAGCAAAUUUUGUUGCUUCCGAAAUACUCAAACUCAUUAACACAAGUAAUGGAAAACUCAGCUUUAGAGAUUUUUGUGUAUUAAUUCGAAUUAAUGCUUCAUCUAGAUCUUUUGAGAAUGCUUUUGCCUUGAAAGGCAUUAAAUAUAGAGUGUUAGGAUGUUUCAAGUUUUAUGAUCGUAUGGAAGUUAAGGAUAUCAUCUCCUAUGCAAGAAUUGUGGAUAACGUGAAUGAUGAUAUGGCCUUUGAAAGAUGUAUUAACAUUCCAAAGAGAGGUAUUGGAGAAAGCUCUCUUGCUUCAUUGAAAAAGGCUGCAAAAGCACAAAAUCUUUCUUGCUAUGAAACUAUUCGCCUUGUAUGCAAAGAGAAGAAGAAAAUUUCUGGCGUUCAGGCUAAAAAAGGAUUUAAAGAAUUCAUUGAUUUGAUUGACUCAAUCAAGGCAAAGCAGGAAACAUCACCAAAGAACAUUUUAAAUGCUAUUGUGAAAGGUAUUAAUUAUAAAUCCUAUUUGGAAGAAUAUGAGCAAUCUACAGCACAAACAAGAUUUGAAAAUGUUAUGGAAUUACUGAAUAUCAGUGCAGAAUUCGAAAUGAAAGACAAAGAUGCCAAUUUAACCUCAUUUCUUCACAAUAUCUCUUUAAUUCCAGACAAUUUCAAUGAAGGUGAAACAGAUUCCAACGACCAAGUGACUCUCAGUACUAUUCAUUCAGCAAAAGGUUUGGAAUAUGGUAUUGUUUUUGUAUGUGGCCUCGAAGAAGGAGGUAUACCCUUUUACAGAGCAGAAUCAAAAGCAGAAAUUGAAGAAGAGAGAAGACUGUUAUUUGUGGCAUGUACUCGUGCUCAAUCAUGCCUCUCAUUGACAUAUUCUUCCUAUAGGUUGAGAGGAGGUGAAAAUGCUCAUUGUGAAGUAUCAAGAUUUCUGGAACCUAUCAUUGAAAUUGCCAACAAAGCCAAAUCACCUCAUAUCGCAUUUGAGAAACCAUCCACGCUGAUCAACAAACAUAAAUCUGAGUGGCAGGCAUCUCUUGAAUUUGAAGUGUCGAGGAGAACACAACAAGUGGCCCAUCCCAGCACACAAAUUCCACAGCAACAGCAACAACAGAUGAAAAAAACUCCAAGCUCUCCAAUGGAAAAACAAGGAUCUUCCCAACACAAUGCCAUAUGUUUGGACUCAUCCAGCGAUGAAGAUAAUGAUCAAUUGGUAGCAACAAAGAAACGAUCUUUUCGUCCAACUUCUGGCAAAGUGAGUCGUGGUAUGGACACAAAAAAGACCAAAUUACACUAA